AUGGUCGGUCCUACGACGGACACCUCUCGUCAAACCACCCCUCCGGAGGAACCCACACUUCCUGCCGAGAAACCGGCAGAUGCCAAGGAUGCUCUCGGCACUGCGGACCCGGACGACACCUCCAGCACCGAUACCGAUCUCGGUCCGGAGCCUCCCAGCGAGGAGCCGGUGCCGGACCAGGCCGGUGGUGGCGAUGAGCAGCAGGUCACCACUGUUGUAGAUCAGCAGGUUCCUCCCAAGUACUCCAGCUUCACCCUGUGGCAGAAGCGCGGCAUCGUCUUCGCCGCCUCCAUCGGCGCCUUCUUCUCCCCGCUGUCGGCCCAGAUCUACUUCCCGGCCCUCAACCUCCUCUCCGAAGAGCUGCACGUCUCACGCUCCCAGAUCAACCUCACCGUCACCACCUACAUGAUCUUCCAGGGCAUCACACCCAUGUUCAUCGGCAACCUCGCCGACACCGCCGGCCGGCGCCCGGCGUACAUGAUCUGCUUCGUCGUCUACAUCGCCGCAAACAUCGGCCUCGCCCUCAGCAAGAACUACGCCUCGCUACUCGUGGUCCGCUGCCUGCAGUCCGCGGGCUCCAGCAGCACCGUCGCACUUUGCCAGGCCGUCGUCUCGGACGUCAUCACCAGCGCCGAGAGGGGCCAGUACAUCGCCAUCACCGUCAUCCCCAUCCUCCUCGGCCCCAGCCUGGGCCCCGUCAUCGGCGGCCUGAUCUCGCAGUACCUCGGGUGGCGAGCCAUAUUCUGGUUCCUGACCAUAUUCGCUGGUGUCUGCUUCGUCAUCAUGCUCCUCUUCUUCCCCGAGACAUGCCGCGCUCUGGUCGGCGACGGCUCCAUCCGCCCGCAUCCCUUCUACCGCACCUUCUGGCAGCUCAGCACCGACGCGCACCGCAAGCGCAAGGCCAGGAAGGCGAGGAAACAUGGCGGUCUCCACCGCACCACCUCCACAGCGACGGCCUCCUCCGAACCCACCCGCCAGCCCUUGUCACUCGGCAAGUUCAAUGUCUUCGCCUCCCUGGUCCUCCUCUUCCAGAAGGAGCUCGGCCUCCUCCUCUUCUACUCAGCCUGGGUCUUCGCCGGCUUCUACGCCGUCUCCACCGCCAUGCCCCAGCUCCUGGGCCAGGCCUACGGCUUCGACGAGCUCCGCAUCGGCCUCAUGUACCUGCCCAUGGCGGGCGGCUCCAUCUUCGCCGCCUUCGUCAUCGGGCCCCUCAUCAAUCGCAACUACCGCCGGCACGCGGCGCGCGCCGGGAUGCCGCUCGUCAAGGGCCGGCAGGACGACCUGAGCGGCUUCCCCGUCGAGCGCGCGCGCAUGGAGGUCGGCGCGCCGCUGCUGGUCGUGGCCUUCGCGACGACGGCGGCCUGGGGCUGGGCCUUCGAGGCCCGGGCGCCCGUCGCGGUGCCCUGCGUGCUGCUCUUCCUGCUCGGCAUCGGCAUGAUCGGGUUCAGCAACACGGUCAACGUGCUCAUUGUCGACGUCUCCCCGGGGCGGGCGGGCGCCGCCGUCGCGGCGCAGAAUGUGGCGCGGUGCCUCGUCGGCGCCGGGGCGAGCGCGGCCAUCGCGCCCAUGAUCGACGCCAUGGGCGCGGGCUGGUCGUUUGUCAUCGUCGCCCUGCUGUACGUCUUGUUCUUCCCGAUGCUGUGGCUGGUGAUGGCCAAGGGGGUGAAGUGGAGGCAGGAGCUGGCUGUCAAGGAGGCUGCCAAGAAGAAGAGGGCGGAGGAGAAGAAGGCGAGGAAGAAGCGGGAACAGGAUGGGCCCGAGGAUGGCGAGGUGGCUGCAUCUGGUGUUAAGGAGGAGAAGAUUUGA